UGCAGCCAACUGUUGCUGUUGUGUAUUGUCUUGGGAAAACCUCCUGCCCACAGAGUCCACUUGAUCCAAUUAAUAUUUCCACCACAUCCACCAUGAUGAACAGCCUGAAGAAACUGCCCAUGCGUAUGCUGGUUAACGCCGCAGCACGUCAGCAAAAUGCUGCCAUGUCCUCGGCAACUGGUUUGCCCCCACCUCUGACCUUCCUCACCGAGGAUGAGAAGAUGAUGAAGGAGACUGUUGCCAAGUUGGCCCAGGAUCAAAUCCUGCCUCUGGUAAAGAAAAUGGACCACGAGCACAAAUUCGAUCCCUCGGUGGUCAAAGCCGUCUUCGACAAUGGCCUGAUGGGCAUUGAAAUCGACACAGAGCUGGGCGGCAGCGGCUGCAACUUCAUGACCAACAUCAUUGUUGUGGAGGAGCUGUCGAAGAUCGAUCCCGCGGUAGCCGCCUUUGUGGAUAUCCACAACACGCUGGUCAACUCACUGAUGAUCAAGUUCGGUAAUGCCGAACAGAAGGCGAAAUAUCUGCCGAAAUUGGCUCAGGAAUACGCUGGCAGCUUUGCCCUAACCGAACCCGGUGCAGGCUCCGAUGCCUUCUCCCUGAAGACUGUGGCCAAGAAGGAUGGCUCUCACUAUGUGAUCAACGGCACCAAGAUGUGGAUCUCCAACUCAGAUGUGGCUGGCGUCUUCUUGGUCUUUGCCAAUGCCAAGCCAGAGGAUGGCUACCGUGGCAUUACCACCUUCAUUGUGGAUCGCGAGACCCCCGGACUGAUCGUGAACAAGCCCGAGGACAAGCUGGGUAUCCGUGCCUCCGGCACCUGCAUGCUCACCUUCGACAAUGUCCGCGUGCCCGAGGAGAACAUCCUGGGUACCUUCGGACAUGGCUAUAAGUAUGCCGCCGGCUUCCUGAACGAGGGCCGCAUCGGCAUUGGCGCUCAAAUGGUGGGCCUGGCCCAGGGCACCUUCGAUGCCACCAUUCCGUAUCUGCUGGAGCGCAAGCAGUUCGGCGAAUCUAUCUACAACUUCCAGUCCAUGCAGCACCAGAUCGCCACAAUUGCCACUGAGAUCGAAGCGGCUCGCCUGAUGACCUACAAUGCGGCUCGCCUGCAGGAACAGGGUGUGCCCUUCCUCAAGGAGGCGGCCAUGGCCAAGUUCUAUGCUUCGGAGGUCGCUCAGCGUGCGGCCAUCAAGUGCAUUGACUGGAUGGGCGGUGUGGGAUUCACCCGCGACUUCCCCCAGGAGAAAUUCUACCGCGAUGUGAAGAUCGGCGCCAUCUACGAGGGCACCUCCAACAUGCAGCUGAGCACCAUUGCCAAGUGCGUCAAGAAGGAGUAUUCGGGCUAAGUUCACAGAAGCAGUCACUAUGAUCCUAAGUCGUCGCCCCUAUACACAAGCUGAGAUAUCGUACGUCAGAUACGUCAAGUGCAUUUAUGUGAAGGAACUGCUGGAACCCUAAUCGGUUAUCGGUUUCUUCCAUGUUACCAUAGCAUUUACUAACUAGUUUUUCCUGUUAUAUUGUAUCAAAUACAACUACAUAUACAUAUAUCUAAAAGUAUAUUUCAAAAA